AUGGGCAGAUCUUCCAGUUAUCUGGCAAUCUUUUAUUGUAUUUUUGCUUAUUACUUGUCCCUGUUUUGCGUUUCUCAAGCUAAAGAUACACUAGGAGUUGACGAGUCCAUAGCUGUAUAUAAAGGAGACUACUUGGAGUCUGCCAACCAGCGUUUUCGGAUCACAACCAACUAUUCGCUGGCGGGAUGGUACGUGACGAUUCAAUAUGUGUCUAUGGGUCAAUCAAUCGAUGUCUGGGCUCAUGACAACUACCUGACUCCGGCCAGCUUACAGCCAGCAUAUCUAACCAUGAAUGCAGAUGGAAGGCUAGUCGUAUACGACAGUUCUCAACAUCGGCUAAUCGUUGUAAAUUCCCAACAGCCUGUUAUGAUUAACAGCACUACUGCAACUAUACUCGAUAAUGGAAACCUGGUUUUGAGAGCACCUGGAGGGAAUACUGUUUGGCAAAGUUUUGAUUAUCCCACUUAUGUAUGGCUUCAGGGCAUGAAACUUGGGAUUUUCCAAUCAAGCACAAGAGUUCUAACUUCAAAACCAAGCUUCGAGCAGCCUGCUUCUACAUUAGGCGUUGAUUCCAAUAAUACAAAGGAAAUUACUAUUGUGCAAUACGGAUCCAUGUAUUGGCGAAGUGGGAUAUGGAAUGGACAAAAUUUCAGCUUUCUUGAAUUCUCUGAUAAUUUUGGUUUGAAAUUUCACUACGUUUCUAAUCCGAAUGAGACCUAUUUCACAUGGAAUAGUAGUACCGAUCCCUUUGUCUUUUUUAUGUUUAGUGAAAGCGCAAACAUCACUGUUAGUAGUGGGGAUUUUACCAAUUUUCAGACAUUGGCAGUUUGUGAUGUGAUUGAUUACAGGACGAGGAAAGAUCAGUCCGUGGGGUGCACGAAUUCUUGUGGCGCUGGUGAUGGGUUUAAGGAAAUAAUGGGUGACUUGGAUGUCUGGAAUGAAUUGUCAUAUAAUGACAAUGCUCUUCGUUUUUGUAAGUUGAAAUGCAGAAGAAACUGUUCCUGCUACGCUUAUUCUAAUACUGCAUACGAUCAGAACGGUGUUGCUUUGGGCUGUAAAAUAGCUAGCAGAAGCAAAGGAAAACUUAUUUCUUCGAAUAAACAAAGAAUUUUCUUUCGCGAAAGCUUUGUCUUGGAGAAAGAGCUAGGUCUUCCUCCUACCCAGCUUGCUCCAAGCCAAAAAAUGAAGUCAAAGACAUGGAAAGUGAAGUUAUCUGUUGGUGCUCUAGUGACAUUUUUGGGGGCUCUUGCAUUACUAUACUUAUUUUGCAAGCUGCAAAGCAGAAUGCGCCACCAUAAAGGGAAUUUCCAGCUACCAGAAAGAAGGGAUGAUGAAUCACCUAUUUUCGAGUUUACCAGCAUACAGAUUGCAACCAACCAUUUUUCUGAUGAAAAUAAACUUGGUCAGGGAGGAUUUGGUCCUGUAUAUAAGGGUAAGUUGCCUACUGGGCAAGAGAUUGCGGUGAAAAGAUUGAAUACAAUGUCAUGGCAUGGGAUUGAACAAUUCAAGACCGAAAUUACAGUGAUAACUAAGGUGCAACACCGAAACCUUGUAAAACUUCUGGGAUAUUGCAUUCAUGGGGAGGAUCGGUUAUUAGUGUACGAGCUCCUGCCAAACAGUAGCUUGGAUUCAUUUAUAUUUGGUGAGUUCAACUAUCUGCAUACUUUAGCCCACAUGGAUACUACAAAACGGGCAGUACUUGAUUGGAAAAGACGUUCACGGAUUAUUGAAGGGAUAGCUCAAGGGCUAUUGUACCUCCACAAGUAUUCUAGAUUAAGAAUCAUCCACAGGGAUCUCAAAGCAAGCAACGUUUUGUUGGACAAUGACUUGAAUCCCAAAAUUUCUGAUUUUGGAACUGCAAGAAUUUUUGGAGAUGAUGAGUCACGUGCAAAUACAUUGAAAGUCGUAGGGACAUAUGGUUACAUGUCUCCUGAAUAUGCUAUGAAGGGUAUCAUCUCUGAGAAGUCUGACGUUUAUAGCUUUGGAGUCAUGAUGUUGGAGAUUAUAACUGGAAAGAAGAACACUUCUUUCAGUGACAUGGAUGAUCAUUUAAACUUAGUAGGACAUGUGUGGAAUUUAUGGAAAGAUGGAAGGAUUUCGGACAUUGCAGAUCCUAGUUUAGGUGAGACAAUUCCCAUGCUUGAAAUUUCAAGAUAUGUUCAGGUUGGGCUCCUGUGCGUCGAAGAAACUGCAGCCGACAGGCCAACCAUGUCUGAUGUGGUUUCCAUUCUCAACAAUGAAUCACUGGUCGAUCUUCCUGUUCCAAAUCGACCGGCUUUUUCUGCCGCCAACAGAUACCGAAAUAAUAACAACUUAGUUCAAAAUCAAGAAUCCUCCGAUAAUACACUGACAAUUUCGGAUUUGGAGGCUCGAUAA